AUGUAUGACUGUAGACGAACGUGCAAUGUGACGGAUCUACCGACAUCCGCGUUGAGCCAACUAUUCGGUUACUAUGGCAACGUGUCCAGUAUUCUCCAGCUGGGCCGAGACAGGACCCAGGUGUUUCAGGGAUCCGAUACCGUGAGGGGAAUCCGAGUCCGAAAGUGGACAUCCUGCCACACCUGGCAGACUGUUAAUGCAACCAUGAACGUGACAUGGUAUUAUACAGAUCCGGACAAGUGGGAUACUGGGUGUGGUCUCAUGGAGGUUCCUGUUCGAGCCUGGGUUCAAGGCCACUCUGGUCCGGUCGGUGGCAAUAAAUACUUCGAUCAUAUCUACGACAUGUUUCACUUCAGUGCCUCUAUUUCCACCAAAGACGCUUUACAGGUGCCCGAUCUCAUCUACUGUCCCAAUCACAGAGGAAGCAAGACGAUGCCUACCGUGCCGUCAUCUUUUACUGUCCAGUCUGAAAUGGUACAGACAAAUGCUGAUUUACUCAGUAAUGUCCAGAUAUGGCUGGACGCAAAGAUGAAACUAGCUAAACACAUAUACGACGAAAACAGUCACAUACAGGAUUUCAAUACAGGCGUUUCUUACGUCAUGGACUUGGCAAGAGGGAACUGCAGCGUUUCACACAUAGGCAAAACUGACGUUACUACGCAUAACGGGAUGAUUCAGACUGCGGCGGAAAUGUUUCUCAUGGACGUUACUGACACCGACUACAGAGGAACAGAAAAAGAGUCGUCACUAACAGCGGGGACCCUGGUCCAGAUGAAGAUUGAUAUGCCGCAACUGACGGAGGAGCUGGUGUACAACAUGUUUGAUCUGAUCCCCUACAACACGGACCUGUCGACGUGGGACGUGAGCUCCUGCUAUCAGAACCUCCCUAGACGCUUGUUCCAGUUCGCCGUGGCCGGUACCUACAGUGAUAUGAUACAGACUCAUUCUGAGUUGUUUAAGUACAGUGUCAUCAUGACUGUCAUUGGCCUAACGGGAGUAUCACCACUAAGGGUUGCCAACUUUGAGGUACAGUAA